GAAAUUAAUAGUGAAAAAAGUAUUAUUUUCAAUAUGGUAACUAUUAAAGAUCUUUCGCCUAUUGCAUUGGAAAAACUUGAGACAUUCUCAAAGUCAUUAAUCAACAUAGAAGAUGAAAGUGAAGAAAAGAUGAACCAGAUAUCUCUCGCCUAUCGAGUGAGGAUGGAGCCACUUUUUGAAAAGCGACAUCAGACAUUAUCAACUGUUGAGGGCUUUUGGUCUGGAGUUUUUUCGUCACACGAAACAGCAUUACACACAUUCAUGAACAGCACCAUUGAUCCAAAGAUUAUUCGUACAAUCAUAGAUUUUAAAGUAGUUUCUACAGUAAAGGAUAACAAACUUAUACGGAAAGUUUGUUUAGUAUUACGGGGAAGCAUAUUUGCUGAUGGUGGGACAAUCAGCCGUGAAAUCGACACCGAUACGAACACUCUUUCUAUUCAGCCUAUUCACUGGAAAGAAGGUACCGACCGAGCUCGUAAAGAUUCCCUUUUCCGUUUCUUUGAAGAAAACACCAAGGUUGACAUGGAAUUUCUUUCAGAUGCACUGGAAGCAUUUGAUAAUGUUUUUCAAAAUCCCUUUCUUGCUGUUGAAAAAGAUUAAGGUGAUUCUAUUCUAAAUACUAUAGUGGAGGUCAUAUAAUUAUUACUCUUAACAUCAUUCCAUAAAGCUAAGGUUAAUAUGUAUGAUACUUCUCAUUAUUUACUUCAUUUAGAGGAAUAUGACACUUGAUAAAAUCAUGCAUGUUUUUUACAGAUUUUUGUCCACUGGCCUCUUUUUUUUGUUUAUGAUAUUCAUUUAUUAAUUUCCCCUAGAAGUAUUGACAAGAAUCUUCAUGAAUUCUGAAAUUGUCUGAUGAAGAGCAUAAACAAGUUGUUUUUCACUCCAAGAAAACUUAUUUAAAAAGUUUAACUUAAGAUACUCUUGUGAAUAUUUGACAUAUUCCAAUGAGCUACUACUCUAUUCUCUUAUAUGAUGAUUUGAGUUAACAGUGAUGUUUUUUUGAACGGUAUACUUCAUCACAUAGGCUUGAAAAACACUCUUUGGAAUCUAGUGAUUAGCUUUAUGAUGUGACACAAUUAAAUAAUAAAGUGGCGUGAAAACAUCACAAUAUACUUUACACAUCGGAUGAGUCUAAUUAGAAGUGUAUUUUGGAGUUGGAUGAAAAUGAUAUUGCGUUAGAAAAUAAAAUAAAGCUGAAGUUGAAGUUUGAGGGUAUAUAGGAUCAAAACCGAUGAAUUAAGUAUCCCUUGAGUUUAGUAAGGUGAGCUAGGAAUGAUUUACUUAUUUUAUUCAGGAUUAAUUUUUGGAAAGAGUGAUUUUAAAAUAUUAAAGAGGAUUAACACUCCUGAGGUUAUUUUAUAUAUUCAAUGAAGGAAAGUACAAGGACUUAUUCCUAGUAAAAAGUUGCGCACUGCUAAACCAGAUUCUAUCAGUUCAGAAUUUCGAUCUAUGGAAAGUGAAUGAAACGACGAGCCACUACGAAUCAAUGAUCAGUAGACUUUAUGUGAGCAAGAUGUUGUGCCCUUGAUUAGUCAUGGAUUUAAUAUACAUAUUGUUGCGUGAUGUGUUUAUGAUUUGCUUCUUUUUUAGCUACCAGCAUUUUUACUUGCAAGCGUGAUAAAACAUACUCAUUCCACACUUAGUUCAUAGUGAGUUUAAUACAGUGCUUUAAUUUCAUUUUAAAUCCUUAUUGACAACAGAGCAAUAAACUGAUGAACGAAGGUUUUGAUAGUUGACUUAUAAUGACAAUAUUUAGUGUUUUACUUGAAGUAACUUGUCUUUAUUCAUUAGUCAAAAAAUUAGGACGCUUUGUGUAAUGGAAGAAUGAACUAAGGGGAAGGGGAGUAGUCAUAUUAUUAAAUUAACUUCUCUCCUUAUUGAACACACACACACAAAAAAAAACAAUUCCCUUUCUCAGUUACAAUACUAAAU